UUGUUGUCGCUCUUUUAACAGUUUCAAUUAAACCACAAGUAUUUUCCACAUUUUCGAUUGAUUUUCCGGCAGUUUUCCAUAAAUCAAGCAAAAAAUAUUAACGAAAAAUGAAUAACGAGGAGUACGAGCAGAAUUACGAGUACAACAACUACAAUGAGUACGAGGGUCAUACAGGAGACCCCACCCUGGACGCGGAAUUCAGCCGCCAACAAUUCAAAAUUCCUGAAACCGUGAAGAAUUUCCUGGUUUACUUCAGGAACAACGUCAACGAGGGAUUGGUAUUUGAAUUGCAGUCUUUGUACGAACUUUCUUGGCCUAAACUGACCGAGGACUACUUUGAAAAGAGGCCGUGGCCUGAAGAGAGCGAAGUUGCUGAAAUUGUUGACGCUGAUCCUGUGUUUAUGAUUCUCUACAAAGAACUCUACUUCCGUCACAUUUAUGCCAGAAUCCAAGGUGGCCCAACUCUGGAGCAACGUUUCAACUCUUUUUUCAACUAUUGUGAUUUGUUCAACUACAUCCUCAGUGCUUCUGAGCCUGUUCCUCUAGAAUUGCCCGACUUAUGGCUCUGGGAAUUAAUUGAUGAAUUUGUUUAUCAAUUCCAGUCUUUUGCUCAAUAUAGGGCCCGCCUUCAAAAGAAAACCACUGAAGAAUUGGAAAUGUUGAAUUCCAACAAUAAAGUAUGGAAUGUUUUGUGUGUUUUGAAUGUUUUGCAUUCUCUGGUUGACAAAAGUAACAUAAAACAGCAGCUUGAAGUUUAUGCAAGAGGUGGCGAUCCUGAUUCAGUUGCUGGUGAAUUUGGCAGUCAUUCUUUGUACAAGAUGUUGGGUUAUUUCAGUCUUGUGGGACUUUUGAGGCUUCAUUCUCUUCUUGGGGACUAUUAUCAAGCCAUUAAUGUCUUGGAAAACAUUGAAGUCCACAAGAAAUCUCAAUACGCUCAUAUUCCAGCCUGUCAAAUUUCUACUUCUUACUAUGUAGGGUUUGCUUAUAUGAUGAUGAGAAGAUACUCAGAUGCAAUAAGGACUUUUUCAAGUAUUUUGUUGUAUAUUCAACGCACUAAGCAACUAUUUGCUUCAAAAACUUAUCAGCACGAUCAGAUUAAUAAGCAAACUGAUCAAAUGUAUCAUUUGUUGGCUAUAUGCUUGGUGCUCCACCCUCAAUGUAUUGAUGAAAGUAUUCAGCAAACCUUACGCGAAAAGUCUUACCACGAAAAAAUGUACAAAAUGCAAUAUGGAGACUUGCAAGAGUUUGAAAACAGCUUUGUGUACGCUUGCCCUAAGUUUUUAUCCCCUUGCCCUAUUCCAAUUGGUUCAGUACCAGAUGAUUAUUCAAAAGAAGCCAUCGUCCAUCAAACUCAAGUAUUCAUGGAUGAAGUCCAGCAACAAAAAAUGCUGCCAACCAUUCGUAGCUACUUGAAACUCUACACCACUCUGCCGCUGAAUAAAUUGGCCACAUUCAUGGCCCAAAAUAAUAGAAACGACAGCCAAUGGGAUUUGGACAAAGAGACUCAAACUUUGUUGAUUCAUCUUUUGGCUUUCAAGCAUAAAAUGAAGAACAUGGUUUGGUCCAAGGGAGCUUCUGGAUUGGAAGGGAAAUUCCAGAGCGGAUCCGAAUUGGACUUUUAUAUUGAUAAUCAUAUGAUUCAUAUUGCUGACACCAAAGUGGCUCACAGAUAUGGAGACUUCUUUAUUAGGAAAAUUUUGAAGUUUGAGGAUAUCAACAGGAAACUUCACAUGAUUAGGAUUUGAAUGAGGUUUUGAUUUGUAUUUUGAAAUCUUUAUUAAAUGAAGGUUUUUGAUGAAGAGUAA